CUGGAGACUUACUUUUCCUGCUCACAUUUUUUUAAACAGGGUGAAAGCAACAAACCAACAACUUUUGUUUACUAUUCUGUUCUGUUCUGCUUCUCGUCUACCACUAAACACCACCAUGACGAUGAUGAUGCCAAAGGAAGAUAAUAAAACUCGAGUAACUCUGGAUGGUGAUGACGACGACCAUGACGAUGACGGCUCUGUCUCGCUGUGUGGUUCCGCGGGAGGAGAAGACGAUGCUCUUGCGAAAAAAAAGACCCGCGAGGCCGAUCUGGAACGACAACGGUUUGUGGGAAGCAAAGAGACUGUAGCUGUAGCUUGGUUGCGUGUAUUGACGUUUGGAGUGUUGCUGGUGACGGCCCUGAUUGUGUGCCUUGGUGUGUAUUUUUACACGCGCAACGACGAGCAACAGGAUUUCGAGUAUGUCUUUGAAUCGAGUGCCGAACGUGUCAUUCAGUCGUUUCAUACAUCGGUAGCGCGCAUCAUGGCGGGUGGCGAUGCCAUGUCGGUGGCCAUUACUUCCUAUGCAUUGGAUACGGGUGCCACAUUUCCGUUCGUGACCAUUCCCAACUUUGAACUGCGAGGUGCCAAUACGCGCAUCUUGACCAAAUCCAUUGCUUCCAAUUUCUUUCCACUCAUUCACGACAAGGAUCGACCGGCAUGGGAAGACUACGUGACCCGAAAGAUCACACAAGACAAGAUCCAAUUCAAGUCGUUCAUGGCCGAAAACCAAUACGUGGCGCAGCAAGACAAGUACUUUGGACUCGAGACGGUGCCGUUCAAACCGCCCGCCAACACUCCAUUGGCGGGACGAAACUUUUCCAGUCAGCUGGGAAUGCUCAAGGGAGGAGUCCAACCCAAUGGGACGGGCCCCUACUUGGCGUUCUAUCAGACCAGUCCGGUGCUACCGGCUCCGGCUUUACCCAAUUUGAACAUUUUGACAUUUCCUCCCUUGGCGGCUGGCGUCAAGCAUGUUCUGGCAUCCAAUCUGGCGUACUUGUCCAAAGCAGUCGAUCCAUCCCCCAUGUUUCACAUGUUCUUGGCACGAGGACAGUACCGACAUCAAAAGGAAGCCUUCUUGGGAGAUGCCGCCACGCCCUUUAUCUAUCCCGUCUUUGACAGUUUCCCAAAUGCCAACAGCAACAACAAUAAGAAUCGAACACUGGUCGGUGUCACGCUGUCCAACAUUUACUGGCGACUUCACUUUGAAAACAUUCUACCACCCAAUGCCCGGGGCAUUGUGGUGGUCCUAUCCAACAAUGCCAAUCAGACAUUUACCUAUCAAAUCAAUGGUGCCGACGUGGACUAUCUGGGAAAGGGUGACUUGCAUGACGCAGCGUACGACGAGUAUGGUGUGUCGGCGGAUAUCUCGCAGCAUUUGCAAUCCCACGCCAGUGUGGUCACACAAGCAUACACGGCCGUGCCCAUUGCCGAAACGGGAGUCCAAUACCAACUACACAUUUAUCCCUCGGCGGAAAUGGCGCAACAAUACAUUAGCAACGAACCUAUCCUGUUUGGCUGCGUCGUGGCAUUGGUGUUUGUAUUCACGUCGAUUGUCUUUUUGUUUUACAAUCACAUGGUGGAACGACGGCAACGAGCAGUGGUGGACAGAGCGGUCAAAUCGGCCGCCGUCGUCUCCAACUUGUUUCCAGAACAAAUCAAAGAAGAACUCAUCAAUAAUAGUGGUGGUGGUGGUGGUACGAGUAGCACGGCAUUGGACGAACCAUUCAAACUGCCCGGUGCACGCAAGGAGAAAUGGACGGUCUCUCGGCAGCAGCAGCAGCAGUCCAUGACAACGCGACCAAAGUUGGCGCAAAAACAUCCUCAUGUGACGGUACUGUUUGCCGAUAUCGCGGGGUUUACGAGUUGGAGCAGUGACCGCGAUCCAGAGGAUGUCUUUGUGUUGCUCGAAACGUUUUACGCUGCCUUUGAUGCUUUGGCGGCCAAGCGAGAGGUGUUCAAAGUGGAAACCAUUGGAGACUGUUAUUUAGCCUGUACCGGCAUGCCCAAUGCCCAACCCGAUCACGCCAUGCGAAUGUGCAAAUUUGCCAGGGAUUGCUUGCAAAGAGUAAACGUAUUGACAGCGAGGUUGGCACCGACACUGGGGCAGGACACGCUGAAGCUUGGGUUCCGUGUUGGACUCCAUUCGGGGCCUGUGACUGCCGGGGUGCUGAAAUCGGACAAGGCCCGCUAUCAGAUCUUUGGCGACACAGUGAACACAGCAGCUCGUAUGGAGUCAAAUGGACUCAAGGGUAAGAUACAUAUGUCUGAAGAAACCUUCAAAGAGCUAGUGGCGCAAGGAAAAGAAAACAUUCUCGUGGAACGAGAGGAAAAGAUCUUUGCCAAGGGAAAGGGAAACCUCCAGACCUACUUUUUGAGUGAUGACUUUGUCAACCAGCGGUCGGCAACGGCAACCUUCUCUCAAACAAGUGGGAACAAUAGUGUGGCAUUUUUCGGUAUUGAAGCGUCUGAGAGAAAGGACAUUUCCUCUCGUGGAGAUCUUUGGGAGGACGAUGAUGUACCAUACGCAGCGGCCAGUGCUCUUGCAGGAGAAAGCCAAGAAAUGGCUGGUGCCAUCGCUGUGGCCCAACAGGAAGGUUCGAUGCAACAGGAAGGUUCGAUGCAGGAGAGUGGCUCUGACUGGCUUUGAACGUGCGUCCCUUGCCCGGAGCAAUUUGGGAUUAAUUACUUUGCCCGGAGCUUGCGCCAUGUUUGUUUCGGAGCACAACUAGCACAAGGCUUUCCUUUGACAUCACGGUCUACUAGCUAGCUAGCUCUACGAACCUAACCUACUACAGUAUAGGGGAGAAUCGAAUGGAGCGAUAGGUUCACGAAUUUCCUGAUCUUCAUUAGCAUGGACCACCCAACGCACAACUGCAACACAAUGUGAAAGGCGGGACCAGCCCACAGUUUGCAUCACAGGAUCCAUGUAUUUGCUCAUUGUCAACCCGAAAGUUUCAACAAUGGACAAGCGUUCUUCCUCGCCUGUUGUGUACCGUACCGGUACCGCUUCUGAGCAUUGGACUAUAGAAUGCCAAAAGGCUUGCUUUUCUUGCCAGAUCACGCCACCUAGAUCUAGCUACCGGUAGCAAGCUAGUACCGGUAGAGACCAUUACGGUGUAACAUUAAUGUAGUUAUUUCUCUAAUAGCAGCAUCAUGGUCA